GCAGAUCCCGUGGGCAUGAUGAAGCUGGUAUCUCUCAUUCUUCUUCUCUCUUGGAUGCUGUUUGUCUCCAACGGUGAGGAGAGCGUAACUGCGCCUAGGAAUUCCCUCGACGAGGUCGCCGCCGCCAACGACGAAAGCCUAAACUCCGUCUCCUGGUACGGCGUCGACCUCCUGAGUAUGUCAGCGAGGUCACUCUUGGGCGAGAGAUGCGUCGUCAGCAAACACUGCAGCGUCGUAAACAGCGUCUGUGACGAGGGAAGGUGUCGGUGUCAGCCGCAUUACGUCCAAGUGGACCUUCAGCGCUGUUUGCCAGGUUCAUUGCUCGGAUUCAAGUGCGAGGUGGAUGCGCAGUGCAGCAUGCGCGUGGCCAACUCCGCCUGCAUCCAGGGUUAUUGUCGGUGCGGAGCAGAUUACGCUCCGUACCGCCGAAACAACUGUCUUAAAAAGGCUAAACUGGGCGAGAUGUGUCGAAGCCACGAUCAAUGCCAGAUACAGAGCAAGGGCAGCUACUGCGAUUUCAUCGUGCCCAGGGUAUACGGGCGUUGCAAAUGCUCGAGCGACGUGCCACAGGUCGGAGAUUCUUGUGGUAUCACGAAAUAUACCUUGGGUUCACCUUGUGGCACCAGUGCCCAGUGUAGCUCGGACGUACCCGGCGCCGUCUGUGUCAUACAGAGGUUCACGACCAUCAAGUCUAUAGACGCAGUAGACGUGAACAGCAUCUCCGCUAUCCCCGGGAUAUCCCCUGUGCCCAUCGGAGUUCCCCUGGCCAUUUGCGCCUGCCCCGCGGGACACAUCGAAGCCGAGGAUGAGUCUAGGUGUAUCCCUGUGCAAAAAGAUGCUGGAGUCAUUCCAGCCUCCCUCGGCCAGAGGUGCGAGACUUCUAGCCAGUGCAGAGCAUCAGACCCUUUCACUCACUGCAAGGAGGGUGUCUGUCACUGCCUCACCGACACCUCGAAAUGUUCGGCGGAAAACACCGGGUGUCACAAGGACACUUUUCAGUGCGCUUCGUCAGGUCGGUGCAUAAGCUGGUUCUACGUCUGCAAUGGCGUCAGAGAAUGCGAAGACGGCUCUGACGAAGACUCUUGCCUCCCCCAUAGAUGUCCGCCUCUAGCUCACACCUGUAGGGAUGGCACCUGCAUUUCUAGGUCCAGGCUUUGUGACGGCAAAGCACACUGCCCUGAUGGCUCAGACGAGGUCAACUGCAGAGAAGUUUGUCCAGCGUCGACGUUCCGCUGUGGUGAUGGGAGAUGCCUUCCUGGAUUCGUGUUCUGCAAUGCCACUCCGACGUGUAGCGAUGGAAGUGACGAAGACGAGGAGGCCUGUGUCCAGGGCUCGAUUACGGCUACGUACUGUCCGUUUAGGUGUCGAAAUGGAAGGUGUCGUUCAACAGCCAUACUUUGCUCUGGGACUGACGGAUGUGGUGACAACAGUGAUGAAGAAAAAUGCUCAGUGUGUAGUUGCCAGCGAUCUUAAGUAUGUGUGGGAAGAAAAAUGUUUUUCUACACUAAUUGAAAUAGCUUCAAGGACUACUAUAUAUUAUCUUCAGCAUCAGAGAAAGUUGUAAUAACCUCAUGUGACGUAAGUGAUCAUAUGUUUCAAGACCACAUCCAGGUGCAAAGUGAAAUAACCAAAAAACUGCUUGCUUAUUGAAACAAACUCUUCCAUUUUGAAGAAAAUUCAUUAUGCAGAAUAAAUGGGAAGUUGAGAAUGAACAGCAAAAAAUUUAACAAUUAAUGGAAGAUAUGGAAUAUGAAUUAUCAAAAUUUGUGCAGAUUUAAACCCAGUUUAUAUAAGAAGGAUGACGUGCAAAUUCUAGGAGGAGUGUUUGCAGUGCUCAACAAACUUGUGACAAGAACUAAACAGAUGAAAAAUGCAACAUUAGGGUACAAUGGACAUUGCACAUGUACAGGUAUGUCAUGCAAGCUGAACUUUUAGUGGUUAUACAGAAAAAUCAUCAGAUUCGCUAAACCUAAGCUUGUUCUCAGUCAGCAUCCAUAUUAACUUAUGUUGAAGUAUAUAAGCUCCUUGGAUCUAUAGGCAGAGGACAUUUGUAAAUAGACUGUAAAUACUCAACAAUACUUUCAACUAGUUGUAAGCUAACAAUGCUGUUUCCUAAAAAGUAGCUGCCCUGAUUAACAAACAAUAUUGACACGAUAGAUGACCGAGAGCCAACUAAAUUGAAUCUUGUUAAAUUAAGGAAGGCUUUUAUCAGCUGUGUUGACAAUGAGGAGGACUUUCACAACUUUUCAGUGCCUACUUUGUUUCCAUUUAUCAAUUUACAGCAAGAUGAUAUUGAAAUCUUUCUGCACUGUUUCUCAUUUAUCAGGCUCUUGUCAUUGUGGGGCAAUAAAUUUCAUUCUACAGUAUUUCAGAUGACAGGCAUACCUUUCAUUUAACAAUGAAACAUAGUUCCUCCUUAUAUCAUUCUAACGUUCAGUGAGCUCCAUACAUAAAUGUACUUAUUUAACCUAUGAUCUUUGCCUGAACAAAGCUCCUGUUUUAAUUUCCAGUAUUGAAAGUUACUGGCUGUAUUUAAUUUCCAGUACUGAAAGUUUUGUGUGUAACUGUUUAAACUUCUUUGAUGUAUGUCCUGUUUUCAAUUCCCACAAGUCCUGGGACUUUUCCUUUGAAGGGAACAUCAAACAAACAGAGAACUUCCUUCUAUCACAAAUUAAGUUAAUUCAUUGUGAUCUGAUGUUCUUUAUAUUAUAUAUAUAAUAAGGAUUAGUUUUUCCAGACCUCUGUCUUAUAUACUUUUCUUGGGCUGGUUUGAUCAUCUUCAAAGGAUAUCGACUACAUUAAGCUACUUCUUGAAGAGUACGAGUUCCCUUCCAACUCUGGCAUUAUAAGAUUUUAGUGACCGAGUUCUGCUACUGUGAUCAGGAUGUCCUUUAGUUUCAGUUGUAAAUAAGACACAGGACUCGAGUUGGUGGCAUAUCCUUCAUCUGUCAGUUAGCCGAUUAGUCAGUGCUUGUGACAAACAUCUUACAUGUAAUAAAACAGGGCAUUAAUAUGCUUACCAAAUACCUAAUUCAGUUUAAAAGGCUAAAUAAGUUGUGGUGC